CCGGUGCCCGCUUACCUCUCGCGCUGCGACCGUUUUUCCCGUGCCCGCAGUGAACCCGCGCCCCGUGCCCAGUGUGCGACCACCUUAAUGCUGAAUGUAAUUGGCAUUAAUAAAGUGACGAGUGUUUAGUGCUGUAUGGAUUGUCGCCCCCAACUUGAGUCUGUGUCCGACCCUUGUGUGGCUGCUGGCUCGUAGCUCUGCCCUGGCACUGGGCACCAGGCACUGCUCCGAACGCUAAGUGACGUUGUGCCAGUGGAUGUAGUGUAUCAUGAAUUGGAUUUGACACCAAACCCACCGCUGCCCACAAUCUUUCUCCAGCAUUGCAAACAACGCGGCAGGGUGGCGACUUCUAAGUAUGGCAGCGGCGGGGUGUCUCUCGGGUCCGGCGUGGCGGUGAGGCGCGGCAUGAAGAGUGGCGGCGUGACAGGCGGCGGGCCUGGCUCCAGCGAGCUGCUGCUGGGCGCGUGGCUCGACCCAAAGCACGACGGCUCGUCCCCGCCCUGCCACGAGCUGCUCGACUCGCUCCUGGCACCUCCGCCCCUCGCCGAGCUCAAACCCCUCCCGCCCUUCACCGGCUACACCGGACAUCUCUCUAUCAACGGAAUCUCCGGUCACCACUUUCACGCCAUCGCCCAGCGUCUGCCGGAAGAAAACAACAACUAUCCCACUCAGAGCGGCUACGGAGAUAAUGAAGUAGUCUCCUCAUCGACUUGCGCUACAGAUUCAGAGCCACCCGAUUUGGAAGAUGUUAAGCCGUUUCCUCUAGAUGCUCCGGACACAAAACCUUUCGCUGAAUCUACAGUGCCGGGUGCGGCCGACUCUUGUGCUCAAUCGUGUUCUCCACCAAACAAACUAUUUGAUGAUGCACCUAAGCAAGAAAUGUAUGAUUUAAGUUCUAUUGAGGAUAUAGCGGCUAUUAUUGGUUCUGCAAUAGCAGACACCACUGUUCCUUCUCAACCAGAAGACCCUGAGAGAAAUGACUCCAGAGAUAGUUGGAUGGACAUAGACAUGACGUGGAUAACGAGUGCAAACAGUCAUGGCGAAAAAAUUGUACCUCAAGACCUUUCUGAAUUUGGUCUAUCGAUUUCGCCUCCCCCUUCUCAGAACCAUCAAACAUCUAUAGACUUUCAUGGCAAGAAUAAUCAAAAGUUUAAAACUCAAGAGUUCUUCCAAAACAAUUUCGGACAAGCCGGAACAACUCUUCAGAAUUUACUCAGCCAGAGCUACAUGCCAUUGCUACAGAACCGCCUACAAAAUGGUCCUCCAGUGAAGCAGGAAGCACCGAGCUCGACAAGUUACGGCAUGGAUGUAAUCUCGACAUCCUCUCCUCCUGGCAAUGCCGUUUCCACCACAGACGGAGUAGGUGGCUUACUCAAUGGAAGAUACGCUCCGCACUACGCGCUCAGCUUAAAACCUGAUGGGCUCUGCAGUCCCGAUAGAUUACUAGGAUAUCCUCACGCUCAUACAACGACAAUCACACCGUCGAACAAGAGCAAACGAAGUAGAGCAAAAGCGAAACAAGGAAACAAUGGAAAUCUACAUGGCGGUUCUUUGUCAUUUUCAUCGGCGACGUCCGCCGAGCUAAGUGGACUCCUCGGCAAAGAGAAACCAGUUCACAGAUGUGGCAUUUGUAACAGAGGGUUUUUGAAUAAGUCAAAUAUUAAAGUGCACCUCCGUACACACACGGGUGAAAAACCGUUCAGGUGUGACGUGUGCGCUAAGGCAUUCCGUCAGAAGGCGCAUCUUAUAAAGCACCAACAGAUUCACAAGCGGAUCGGAAGAGACUGACGACCGAUCUCGCUCGCUCAACAAGCAUUUGAUAGCUCGUAGUUGUGUGUGUGCUCGUUUACAUGUGUGAGUGCUGCCCCUGUGUCUCAACUAGAUAUUGUAUAUUGGACUCUUUGAUCAUUGUCUUCUAACAUAGUUAAGAGCGAUGUCGUGACCCCGUAGAUUAGCUCCUCCGAAGGAAAAGUGCAAUGUUAACUAGUUGUAAGCUCUUCAGAUUUAUUAUGUAGAUACAUUGUUUUAUAUUGUUGUGUACUGGGUUAUUGUCUUGAGUUUGCUGGUCGUAUUUAGACAAACUUUAAAUUAUUUAGAGAGUAUGGUUAUGUCUUGAUAUAUCACAAAUUAUGAUCGUAUAAAUUUCAUCAGAAUCUUAGAUUAUGGAUUGGUCUCCGAUGCGCUCCGACUAGAUAUCGCACUACCUGAGAACCAUAGCUUUUUUAUUACGGAAACUUUUAGAUGCUUGUGUGCGUGGCAUCUUGACAAUCAACGGCAUCUAUGAAAUUUUGUAACAUAACGCUUCGUGUUAUUUUACAUUGAAAUUAAUAAAAUACAAAAUACUUAUUGAUGAUAUAUGAUCCCAGUGUCUUUCUUAUUUCUCGUAGUAUUAUUUUUACAAUAUAUUACUGCGUAACCCGGCAUUUCAGUUUCAGUUAUAAGCAAAGUUAAACAGAACAUGCGGCACGUCAACGUAACACAUUGUUCUAGACUGGCUCGAGUACGCCCACUUGGAUGUAGUAUAAGUUGCCGCAAUUUCGCGGUAUCUAGUUGACCAAUCCUUAAUUUUAUUAAUAUUUUUUGCAUUGUUUAACAAGCUGUGGUAAAAUAACAGCUAUUGUAAGCGCAUCUCCAUCUCCUCUAUCUUCCUCUAUAUCAUCAUUUAUUAGUUACAUAUUACAUAUUUAAUUAAAACACUUCAACGAACGAACGAUUAAAAAGCGUGUAAUUGUAACUGUUUUUACAUUAGAUUUUUGCGUAAAAGUUAAAAUUUUAUAUAUUAGUUAACCCGACUUCAAGACCGUUUCAAGACCUUUCCAGAUCUUGUUUUCAGGGGGACUGCAGAUGAAAUGAGUCAAAGAUAGUAUUUGUCAUAGAUGUCAUUAUGAAGUUGAGCGCCAUUUAUUGCCUCGGAGGUGGUAUUUGCCGUAGACAGAUUAUAGUUACACGCGUUUUAAUCCUUUAAAAGUGUUUUAUUUAAAUAGUUACAUAUUUCUCAUUAUUAUUCCCUCUUUAAGUGUGAAUGACUACUCCGAUUACCUAUUUAUAGUCAAAUUAUUAAAAUUUUAAUUAGCUUUAUAAUGUAAAAUACUAGAAUAAUUAUCAAGUAAUUGUACUUAAAAAAGGACAAAGCUUACGAGGCUAACGUAUCACUUCCAGUUAUGUUAUAAGUAGUAGGUUAUUAUCUAUUCAUUCAUUCAUACCACGGCAUAAAUAAAUACGGAUGUAUUGAAUUAAAGAUGAGGAUUCAUCUUUAUAUCUAUGUCACAAAUUGAAAUGACAGAUUAGCAGGAAAAUUAGUACCUAUCCACAUAUUAAGCUGUUUAUGAAAAAUAUAAACAAAUUUCUGUAAUACACAAAUCAAAUUUGAAAACAAAAUGUUACGAACGAUGCGGGUCUCGAACCCACGACCUCUCGCGUUCUGUGCGAGUGACGUAUCGUCAUAAAGUAGAUCC